AUGGCUACAUCAUCGAAAAAAAUAAAUAUGGAUACACUCUAUGCUGAUUUAAUGAAUCUUUGUUCCCAGGAUGAUAUUUUCUAUUACAAAGAUAUUCGUUUACAUGCCAUAAAUUAUCGUAUAUUCAACUGUCGUCUUUGUUCUUACGGAAGAUUUAUGACUCAUCCAGCAGCUUUGAAUUGUUGUGGAAUAAUGUUUAAUAUUACGAACUUGAAACAUGUCCAACUUGUUUCAUUACCAUUAGAGAAAAUUUUCGAUUAUGAAGAAGGUUUUGGUCAACAACAAUUUCAUCAAUGUGGUCAAUUAGGAGACAAAAUGGAAAAAAUGGAUGGAUCAUUAGUAUCAACAUUUUUACAUGGUAGAACAUCGCAAAAACAAGUACUUCGACUUAAAUCCAAACAAUCACUCACAUCAAAUCAAGUUUUGGAAGCAAUGCGGUUACUCGUAGAUGACUUCCAAUCUGAACUCGAACAACUAGUUCGUCUCAAUUAUACUGUUAAUAUGGAAUAUACAACGCCUUCCAGUCACCUAUUCGUUUCCUAUUCACAAGCACAACUCACUAUUCUAUCGAUUCGAUCUCAUGCAGAUGGACACACUUUGUUUGGUAGUCGAUUGAAGAGAUUUCUUCUCGAAAAUCAUUUUCUCACAAUUCUCAAUCAUCUUGUUUCAUUCGAAUCUAUCUCAUCCGAUGUCACACAUAAACAACUACUCCAAGAGACUUAUCAACAAACGCAUGGUGAAGGCUAUGUUGUUGAAAUCAUUCAACCGGAUCGUUCAUCGUAUCUUGUCAAAAUUAAAACACAAAAAUACUUUAUGAUUUAUGGUGAUGGUGGAACAGAAGACUCUCCGAGAUCAUUAUUUGAAGCUAUCAUUAAUGGACAAACUGAUGAUCUACGAAAAUUAUUUAACGAUGAUACAAAAACAUUGACAAGAAUUGACGAAAUGGAACAAAAUAUAAGGCCAAAAUAUAAUGAAAUGCGCAGACUGGUUGAAGAAUUUUAUCGAAUGAAUAAAUGUGUGCCCAAAAAAGACUUUGUUCACGCAAUCACCACGAACGAAAAUAUGAAGAUUUAUUUGCCAUUGUUGUUGAGAUUGUAUGCAAAUGAAGAAAAUGACUAUCAAGGAUUUGCAAUGAAACAUGCCAAAGAUCUAUUCGGUAUUAGUGGUAGUGAAUAUCAACAAAAGAAAACGAUGAAUCAACACAAGUUGGAGUGCUGA